AUGCCAGUCCGACCCUCACUGGAAGGCUCAACCUUUGAUGCCGAUUUGCGCGACCGACACCUGAUCUAUGAUUACGCUGCACAGGACGAGCAGGGUAAACCGGAAACAUGGCGAUAUGAGAUGUGGUUCCAGAACGAGGAUCGCAUCAAUUAUGCUAUCCACGGCGGACCAAUGGCAGGACGAAUCAACUUCCAAGCAGCCGACUACCAAUGCAUCCGACCGGGGGAAUUAUGGCAGUGCAAUUGGCUGGAAGAGACGGGGACUGUAUGUUCGCUGGUGUAUGAUAUCCACCGGAAGAAGAUAACCACUCUGCUUGGUUUCUCGAAGGGGCAUUGGGAGAAGGCGGAGGAGGCCCACGGUGACAAGCGCAACCCAAAGGACUUGGAGAGGUGGCGUGGGUUGGCCCGGCUUGGUAUUCAGACCGAUCGGCAUAUGUUGAGCGAGCAGGCGGAUAUUUUGGAAGAUUUCCGGGGACCCGGAGAUCUAAAGCCCGUCGACAAUAGCUGGCCAACAUUAUAA